AUGUCGAAGAGGAAGAGAACGUCCACCUCUGCGAACGACUCGGAAGACGAUGAGCGCGAAGGGUCCAACAGCUCAAGCUCCUCGGAAUCAGGCGACGAGGAAGCCGACGAUGUCAAGAACGUCGAGACGCGUGAUGGAGAGGAGCCUGACGUUGGCGACGUGACAACUCCCGUCGACACGAAAGAAAGUGAACCGAGAUACGAAGUCCGAGCCAUUUGGACCGCCAAGGAUCCCACACUGUGCGCUUUCGACGAGUACCCUGACCCAACCAGCCGGAAGACUCUCGCCAAGGGUACGCGCAGGUUUCGCUACCUGGGUCCCUCCAGCCAGCUCUCUUGGCGCGAGCGCACCGAUAUGGCCCAGGAGGUUGCACGCUCGAUCUGCUUGAGCAACUGGCCGAUCAAGGCGGCCGAAAUUUUCGUGCAGGCGCCCAAGAUGCGCAAAGGCGAGUGGUACCUGGACAUCGCCACCACGACGCAAAAGGCCUACGAGCAGCUUGCGCACGCCGAGCCCAGCUUCCGCUCCCAUGCUUUCGAGCUCGUCUCGUCGUGCGCUCCAUUUCCGAGCCACCACAUCCUCAUGCGCAUCGACGGUAUCGACGUGCGCAACGGCCUACUGGCGAUCGUCAACAGCAUCAAGGAAGAGGUGCACGGCUGUGUCCGCAUCAUUGCGUACUGGGCGAGGUUCCGCCACCGACCAGAUGACGACGCGCCCGCCAGUGAUGAUUUCACGGGCACAGUCUAUGUGCUUGGUGCCGGCAACGACGACAAGAUCGAAACCGAAAAGCUCCCAGGCUUUCUCGACUUCAAGGACCUCCAGUGGCCAAAGCGCGUCGGCGUGUGGUACGACGGACGCCCUGCUGAGUGCAGCGCCUGUAACUGGAGCGUCUCACGCCACCUCGUCAGGGACUGCGAAGCUCAAUGCUGCCACUCCAAGCGCCGCCGCAUUAGCUCGCCAGCCUGCCCGGAAGUCGUGGAAGAGUAG